UCGGUCGUCGCUUCGUCAAAAGACGUCGCCGCCGCCACCACCCGCGAUAUCUCCAGAUUUUAAUUCGAUUGAAAAACAACGACGUAUCUAAACUCGCUCCACGAGUGUGAUUUUUGUUUUCUCGAAUCAGUGCUCGCAGCUAUCAACGCGAUAUCGUCGUCGUACUGUAUAAGGACAGAAAAUCGGUGACAGCGCAAGAAGCUCGGCGAACCGCAGCGAAUGCCCGUGCCGUGUGAUUUAAUGCUGUGGUGCUGUGCUCUCUCAAGACAAAUCUCUGAUUAUUGAAAAAAAACUAAUAACGGACCAAUGACGGUGUUAUCACCCGGGCGGCCUAGUGCCGUCGUCGUCGUCGUCGUCGUGCCGACGCGACCCACGAUGAUCGAUAACAAUAAUUGUCAGUGAAAAGAGAAAGAUAGCUGCGAUUGUUGCUGCAAGCUCGAAAGCUCGAAAGCUCGUCGUCGCGCGUGCUCGACUGGCGAGGAGAGACGCACAGAGCUCGAUUGAUCGAUACACCUCUGCCGUACACCCACACCCCAGACGGAACAUUGUUUAUCUUGUGUGCGGAGGGACGCCCAUUGUUUUUGUUAUUGCCACCGUAAUAUAUUGUUCUUGUUCGAUUGUUUGUUGUUCUUAAAUUGUUGGUUCAAAUGCUGGUGUGACGUGAGUUUCCGAAAUUAUCUCUCUCUCUUUCGGCGCGCAACGCAUCCACAUAGACACACAAAAUCAACAGCAGCAGCAGCAAGCAAGAUCACUCGAGCAAGAUGAUGUACUCACCAGACAAGAUGAUGAGCAGCAAGGGCCUGCACGGGACGCCGAUCUCGGCGCCCGGAUGCUUUCCCUCGGGUCGCUACUCGCCCUCGCCGUAUCGCACGGCGCCCGAUCCCAUGGCCCCGCCGCCCAGGAGAUGCAUGCCCAAUCCAACGAGCCGGAUGCUGGAAGACGCAUCGAUCAUGUGCAAUUCUUGGUCGCCCAGGCACAACGGCGACAUAUUCGGCGGUCUCAACAGCGGCCUGCAAGACGGCCUGCUGUCGAGGGCCGAGGCGCUGGCGGCCGAUUUAGGCAAACACAACGGCGGCACGUCGAUGCCGCUCAAGCACGACCCCGUGUCGGUCUAUCAUCACGGGGCGCACAUGCCGAGUCCGCAUCCAAACAAUCGGCCACAUCACCAGAUGGGCCAUCCCGGCAUGGAGUCGCUGGACAUGCUCGAUCCGGCCAACUCCAUGACGACCCUGACGCCGAUGUCGGAGAACGCCUCCGCGGGCGGCGGUGGCGGGGCCGCUUCCGCGGCGACGAAUCCCGGCCACCACGGCGGCAUCCACGGCCCGGCCUCGGUCUACGGCGGCAUGAACGGCAUGAUGAGCCACCACCACCAUCACAGCCAGAUCGGCGGCAGCGUGCCCCAUCCGCAUCAUCAUCCGGCGAUGGCAGCGGCUGCCGCAGCCGCCGCCGCGGCCGGUCUCCAUCCGGACGCCGACACGGACCCCAGGGAGCUCGAGGCGUUCGCCGAGCGAUUCAAGCAGCGCCGCAUCAAGCUCGGCGUGACGCAGGCCGACGUGGGCAAGGCCCUGGCCAAUCUCAAGCUGCCCGGUGUCGGGGCCCUGUCUCAAUCGACGAUAUGCCGCUUCGAGUCCCUGACCCUGUCGCACAACAACAUGAUCGCUCUGAAGCCGAUACUUCAAGCCUGGCUCGAGGAGGCCGAGGCCCAGGCGAAGAACAAGCGACGCGACCCCGACGCCCCGUCGGUGCUGCCAGCCGGCGAGAAGAAGCGCAAGCGCACGAGCAUCGCCGCCCCGGAGAAGAGGUCGCUCGAGGCCUACUUCGCCGUGCAGCCCAGGCCCUCGGGCGAGAAGAUCGCCGCGAUAGCGGAGAAGCUGGACCUGAAGAAGAACGUGGUGAGGGUGUGGUUCUGCAAUCAGCGCCAGAAGCAGAAGCGCAUGAAGUUCGCCGCCCAGCAUUGACCCGAGGCCGGCUUGUGACAGCAGAAUUGACUGUACCAGCCGCCGAGCCUCGAACCGAAGCCCGAACCACUCGCGGGCGAGUACCAGGGCUGGCCUUGAAUUUGCACUCCGCAACUGAACAGUGGUCGCGCGGCGUUCGCAAUGAUUAUUAAAAUAAAGAAAAUCGCUAUUAUUGUGGUGCAGCAUGAUAAUAAUAAUAAUUUUUGCGAAUCGCGAGCGAGCGACUCCAGGAGUCAAAGGAGAGGCUUAAAAAAAAGUCGGGCAGGCGUGUAGUAAUAUAACACACACGCGACGCUUGCCAAGUAUAAUACAAGGGUUCGAUCCGUCGGCGGACGCGACAUUAAUCGAGUUUGACGAUAUUCACUGUCACUCUCUCUCGUCUCCCUCUACCUCUCGCAAAAAGGGGGUAGAGAAACGUAAGUCUGUCUUGUCAGUCUGUCACAAGCCAAUGCAUAUACAUAUACGUGUAUAUAACGUAUACAUAUAGAUCUAUAUUAUUAUAUAUAUAUGUACUCUAUACAAGUCUUUCGACGGCACGUGUAUCGUGUACGCUAUAUACACAUGCUGUACUGUAGCCUCGCGCAAGGCACUACAUACAUCAAGUGUGUGUGAGUAUAUAGCGUACAUACGAACGCGAGUAGUGCUUUCCUCGUUUUCUUGCUUGUCUUUUUUAUUUUGUCGAUUGUCUCGAGAAUGCGCCUGCCGAUGCACAUACACGAUGGUGCACACGCGAGCCUCUCCGUCUACCACUACUACUCCUGCGCGAAAUCGAGAAUUGGUUUUAGGAGCUCUAAGUACUCGCUGCUGCCAAUAGAGAAAGAGAGAGA